GUCUCGUACCAAGCUCACCCUUCUUCCUCAUCAAUCAGCAUCUCGGAAAACAAACCAUGGCCAAAAUAAUCGCAAGUUUUGUACUGCUCUUUCUAGUUUUCAUAGCCACCACAACUACACUAAUCAAAGCUCAGGCAACUAAACAGUGCGAGUAUGAAAUGAUCAUAAACACCGGGAUAACCAGAGGGCCAAAUUACAAACUCGGCGUUGUACUCGAAGCGAUCGGCGGUGCCAGUAUCAACACUAGUAACAUUGUUAAGAAUUGGGGCGCUAUGGGUCGAGGGUAUACGUACUUUCUACCCAAUUCAUCGGAUAAGUUUAGAACCAACUUACCUUGUAUGGUGGCUAAUUUCUGUUGGAUUGGGAUCAAAGGGAAGAAAGGAGAAUUGAAUCCCCACUGGUAUUUAAGUAAUGUCACCGUUAGCACAAAAGGCGACGGCGGUAUCAAUCGUUUGAAAACUUUCAGUUUUGGUAGUGGAAAUGAGAUCGAUAUCAUCUAUCCUUAUGCUAGUGAUGGAGAAUGCCCAUAAAUUUGCAAUUCGAUUCAGUUACUAGUUGUAAGCUGGUUCUAGAUAGGAACCGGAGCAAGACCAUCUUUUAUGUGAAGGGAUUAUUAUAUAAACCCCAAUAUAUGUAUGGACUGAAUUGCUUAAAAAAAUAUGAAAUAAAAAACGUUAGAAAAUUAUAUAAAAAAAAUUACGAAAGUGAAA